CAUCGUUUAGGUGACGCGUUUUUUUUUCAUGACUGAUUCCUAGCGAGCACCAUUGAAGACUGAACUAAACAGAUUGUGAUAGUUUCCAGCGCAUUGGCGGCAGGCUUUCGGCAGUAACUGGAACAGGCCCCCCUUGGACUCACAAAAACCCCUGCGCAAAACAGCUUCAGCCGCCGUAGCCAGAGAGAAACCUCGACCCUAGACUGAGUCACGCCACAAGCCUCGCGAUUCGCGAUGGAGACGACCCUACCGCUGCCCUUCCUGGCCAGCGUCGCCGUGCCGCUGGGACCCGGUGCCGAGCAGGAUGGCCUGUCCCGCGAGCAGCUCGCGUGCCUGGGCGCCGUCUUCCUCGAGGCGACGGCGCAGAACCUGGCCGACGUCCGGGCCUUUCUCGGCCAGGGGGACGGCCUCGCGUUCGAGCCCUACGUCGACGUGACGCGGCUCGAGUCCCGGGACGAGAUACUGGCGCUGCUCGACGGCGGCGCCCGCAAGGUCUUUGUGCGGCCCGAGCAGUUUGACGACCUGAGCGAGCACGGCUCCAGGGUCGCGCAGGCCGUCGCCGCCUCGGCCCAGGGGCUGCCGGCCACCGAGGGCGGGCUGUUGGUGUCGGGCAUCGAGACGGACGGCUCCGACCCCGCCGCCGUCGUCGAGCAACUCAAGUCGCGCAAGAUCCCGCGCCUCUUUGUCAAGCCGGCCCCCGGCGCGGACCUGGCCCGGUUCGUCGAGCUCGCCCGCCAGAUCCCCGCCGUCCCCGUUCUGCCGUCCUCGAGCCUGGCCGCGUCGGCCAAGGACGCGCCGGCCGGGAAGCUGGCCGUGUCGGGGCUCCUGGCGGCGGGCUGGGCCUCGGACCGCGCCGACGGGCUGGUGCCGACGGUGGUGACGGACGAGGGCGGCGUGGCGCUGGGGCUGGUCUACAGCAGCGAAGAGAGCGUGGGCGAGGCGCUGCGCACGCGCACGGGCGUCUACCAGAGCCGCAAGCGCGGGCUCUGGUACAAGGGCGCCACGUCGGGCGACACGCAGCAGCUGGUGCGUAUCUCGCUCGACUGCGACAGCGACACGCUCAAGUUUGUCGUCCGCCAAAAAGGGCGAUUCUGCCACCUUGACCAGGCCGGCUGCUUCGGCGAGACGGGCGGCGUCGCCAAGCUCGAGCGCACGCUGCGGGCCCGCAGGGAGUCGGCGCCCCAGGGCUCCUACACGGCCCGCCUGUUCUCGGACGAGAAGCUCCUCCGGGCCAAGAUCAUGGAGGAGGCCGAGGAGCUGUGCGACGCAAAGACCCCUUCGGACGUCGCCUUUGAGGCCGCUGACCUGAUAUACUUUGCCCUGACCAAGGCGGUGGCGUCGGGCGUGUCGCUGGCUGACAUUGAGAGGAACCUGGACGCGAAGAGCUGGAAGGUCAAGCGUCGCACUGGGGACGCCAAGGGUAAGUGGGCCGAGAAGGAGGGCGUCAAAGCCGCCGGGGGUGCGGCGCCGGCCGCUGUAGAAGCUCCUGCCGCAGCCGCGGACGGGGAGAGGAUAGCCAUGAGGCGCUACGACGCCAGCGUCAACUCGGCGGCAGAGAUUCGGGAGGCGCUCAAGCGGCCGUCGCAGAAGUCGUCGGACGCCAUCAUGAAGAUCAUCGGCCCCAUCGUCGAGGACGUGCGCGCCAACGGCGACAAGGCGCUGCUGGCGUACACGCACAGGUUCGAAAAGGCCACGUCGCUGACGUCCCCGGUGCUGCGCGCGCCGUUCCCGGAGUCGCUCAUGCGGCUGGCCCCGGAGACGGCGCGGGCCAUCGACGUGUCCUUCGAGAACAUUCGGCGCUUCCACGCGGCGCAAAAGGAGGAGAAGCCGCUGCGGGUCGAGACGAUGCCGGGCGUGGUGUGCAGCCGCUUCUCGCGCCCCAUCGAGCGCGUCGGGCUCUACGUGCCUGGCGGCACGGCGGUCCUGCCUAGCACGGCGCUGAUGUUGGGGGUGCCGGCCAUGGUGGCCGGGUGCGGGCGCAUCGUGCUCGCGUCGCCGCCGCGGGCCGACGGCACCGUGACGCCCGAGAUCGUCUACGUGGCGCACAAGGUGGGCGCCGAGAGCAUCGUACUCGCGGGCGGGGCGCAGGCGAUCGCGGCCAUGGCGUACGGCACCGAGAGCGUGGCAAAGGUGGACAAGAUCCUGGGGCCCGGCAACCAGUUCGUCACGGCGGCCAAGAUGCUGGUCAGCAACGACACCAACGCCGGCGUCGGCAUCGACAUGCCCGCGGGGCCGUCCGAGGUCCUGGUCGUGGCCGACUCGGCCGCCGAGCCGGCCUUUGUGGCGUCGGACCUGUUGUCGCAGGCCGAGCACGGCGUCGACAGCCAGGUGGUGCUGGUCGCCGUGGGGCUCGACGAGGCCAGCCUGCGCCGCAUCGAGGACGAGGUGCACCGGCAGGCGACGGCGCUGCCGCGCGUCGACAUUGUGCGCGGCAGCAUCAAGCACUCGCUGACCAUCUCGGUGCGCACCAUCGACGAGGCCAUGGCCAUCAGCAACGACUACGCGCCCGAGCACCUGAUCCUGCAGGUGCGCGACGCCGAGGCCGUCGUGGACAAGGUCAUGAACGCCGGCAGCGUCUUUAUCGGGCAGUGGACGCCCGAGAGCGUGGGCGACUACUCGGCCGGCGUCAACCACUCUCUGCCCACAUAUGGUUACGCCAAGCAGUACUCGGGCGUCAACCUCGGGUCCUUCGUCAAGCACAUCACCAGCUCAAACCUGACGGCCGAGGGCCUGCGCAACGUUGGGGACGCGGUCAUGGAGCUGGCCAGGGUCGAGGAGCUCGAGGCGCACAGGAGAGCGGUCAGCCUGAGGAUCGAGCACAUGAACAAGAGCGGCUUGUCGUAGGGGAGGGUAGGGCGUUGAAACAAAAUUUUGGAGGGCACGGCCAGCUUUUGGGAGGCACAGCACUGUAGAGCCCCAAGUAUAGAGGAAAUCACAAUAAUUCCGAGUUAGUUGAUAUGAAAUCGACUUGUUGUGUUUGCAG